GAGGGGAGGGAGUUCACGCAGGAAAACCCCGCUUACUGUAUCAUACAUAGUUGUGUAAGAGACAACAACUUUAUAACACGAUGGCUGCUGGACUGAACAUGUCCUGUGCUCGCUUCAUUCUGUUUUCCAUAUCCUUCCUUCAGUUGUCACAGGGCGCUUUACUUCACCUGUCCGUAACACCUGGGGAGAGAUCCCUUCUUGCAACAAUUAAAGGGGGAUUGCGUGUCAAAAGGGACGUGUGCACAGAUGGCAACUACACUGUCGAGGAAGGCAGGAAGUGUUGUCUCUGUCCAGCUGGUCAGAAAGUCCAACAACACUGCACCACAACUCCAGACGACACAAGAUGUAUCAUUUGUGAAGAUGGCACAUACAACAGUUUCCCUAAUUCCCGGGAGACUUGUGAGCCGUGUAAAUCCUGCUCACACCAUAAUGCUAAUUUAGAAGAGGCCGAGCCCUGCACCUCUGCAAAGAACACUGUGUGCCGAUGUAAGGAAGGCUACUAUUGUAAAAUGGAAAACUGCAAAGUCUGCCAUCCAUGUGAAACAUGUGCUUCUACUGGAGUCAAAGUACCCUGUACUGCUACCAAUAACACCGUCUGCAAAGAUGAGGAGAAACAAGAUAACACCACUGCCGUUGCUGUUGGGAUUGCUGUUGCUGUUCUUGUUUUGAUUGUUGCUGUAUUAGUCUACCUUUUCUACAAAAACAGAAGACGAAGAAAAGGGGAAAUAAGCCAACUUCCAACAACGAACGGUGAUGAAGCUGUGCAUCUCAACAACAUCUCAAAUAACGCCGAGGACUUCCAGUGUCUCCUGCCUGAAAUUGUACAAGUGCUUGGAUGGAAGGAUAUGGAAGAUAUAGCAAUACGUAGUGGUGUAUUAGAAGCUGCCAUUGAUUCUUGUAAACGAAACCACCCGCAGGACGCUGAGGAGCAGACUCUUGAGCUACUGAAGAAGUGGGUGGAGAAACAGGGCAGUAUUGCCCCAAAAAGAUUGUUAGAGAUCCUUCAAAAAACUGGCAAAAAGGGCAAAUAUGAGAAGGUCUUAAAAAUAUUGGAGGAAGGCAAGUCUGGUUCCGGAAAUGGUUCUGCAUAAAUGUGCAUGAAACAUUUCUUAAAAUAUAUACAUCAUUUUGAAUUUGGUGGAAGCAUCAAGUCUCAAAAAAGCUUGUGGAUGGUGAUGUUGAUUUAACAACGGAGAUCAGCAGGUGGAAAUGUUUGGAGAGGAUUGCCGUCUCCAUGUGAGAUAUUGUAGGACGUAAGCUGCUCAACAGUACUGAGUCUUUAGGAAGUUUCUAUUUAAUGAUUUGCCAAAUAUUUUCAGUUUGUGAAAGAUCUAGACUGCAGGUGCACCAGUUAACCACCUGAACUCUUCUACAAGGAAGCUGUGCUUUUAUAAAAUCCGAUGCCGUUUGUGGCUCGGUCUUGCAAAGAAAUCCAAGGGUUUUCAGCAUUAUUUUUCCUUUUUUAGAAUCCGUUUGAGCUUCCCUUCCAUAGAUACUAAUGCACCCCCAAAAGGACAGGGGAUCCAUGAUUUCCAAACAGAAGUGGUGUUUGGUUUGUGGGGUCAUGGGAGAGUCUUCCACUUUGCCUCAGUUCAUUUUUGAUCAGCCAAAGAAGACAUAAGACAUAAUCUUUUUUGCAUGACAGAGCUUUAACCUGCAUUUGUGGAUGGCAUAGUAGUCUGUGUUCUUGGGUGGGGAUUUCUGAAAGUGUCCCUGAGCACAUGAAUGAUUUUUAUCACACAACCUCUUCUGCUUUUAAUGCAGUGCUGCCCGAGGGCCCCAAGGUCACAAGGUCAAGUACUGAUUUUCAGUCUUGUCUUUUUUGUAUAGAAAUUCUUCAGAAAAGUUUUUUUUUUAUCGGGGUAAUUUUCAUGACUCUGUAUCUCGUCCUCUUCAAAACAACGAAAGAGAAAAUCUCAAAACUAAAGAAAAUUUAGUCUUUAGUCUUUGACGAAUAAUUGUGAUUGCCGCCACCGCUGUUGAGAACAUAGCCAGAUUAUUCAGAGGGAAGUCUUCAUGUAGUUCAUAAUGAUUAAGUAGUGUUACGGACGGUACAACUGCAUUGUAUCAAUUAGGGCAAAAACACCUGGAAACUAGAUUUUGAUUGCCAGAGAUGUGGAAAUUCACAAAAAGUGUUUCCUUUACACUUUUGCGAAUAAAUGGAUUAUCGAAUCGCCUGGAAAAACCACCUCCUGGAAGCGAAAAAAAGUUUGUUAGAUACUUGGGGAGUUGUUUUUUUUUUUUUUUUUAAUUAGGGCAUUUUCCAUUACAGGAUUUAUUUUUUGAUACUUGGUUUUGCUCAAAUCUAGGGGUAAUGGAAAUGCGCCUACUGAUGUGUUGCCAAUUAACCAAGUUAGUUGCAAAAUGUUACUCAGGGUAAUUGUUUUUAGUGCUACUUAAAUUCUUUAUUCUUUUCUUGCCCAUACCUCAGCCUUUAUUGUGACAUGUUGUUACUAUCAAAUUCAAAAUUAGCUACUAUUUUUCACGAAUUGAUAAAAGUUUAACUCUAACCUUCCUAGGGGAAGUUUGUUUAUGAGAUUUUCUAGUCAAUGCGUUUCGUAUAUAGAAUUGGGGUUGUAUAUAAUGUUUUGUAUUGCCUUAGUUAUUAAUUAUAAAAGCAGUUUGGGAGAAAUAUUAGCUUGAACUACAGAGCUCUAUCGUGAUGGUACACACAGGCAAAGGAGCCCUUAGUAUCUGCUUUAAGCUGAUUAAGUAAUUGGCAGAGUUACUCUCGAGGUUUCCUUCCUUUUUUGCGUUUUAAAGUUGAAAAAUAUCCAAUUUUUUUGUGUUAAUUUGAUGUUGAAUGUUUGAAUGUUCUUUCUUCUGUGAGUAUUAUGCUUUCACCACUUGUAUA